AUGACGAAAUCAAAACGAAAUAUGAAGCCUAUUGAGAGAAUCGCCCGAGGAAUUGCUAUUUCUAGUUGCAAACUGAAGUUGCGGGCUAAGAAGGAUGCGUAUCGAUCAUGUCCACAAUAUGGUAAGUACAAAUUGCUAUUUUUGUUUGUAAAUUGGUUGAUGAGGGGACAUGUAGGAGGAACAAAUAGUUUCUUUACUGUUGCUAUUCAUUAUGGAGGAUUCUUUGAUAUUGGGCCUAAAUACUCAGCAUAUUUAGGAUCUGUGUUAUCAGGUGCUGAAAGUGAGUUGGGAGAUGGAUCUGUGUUAGGUGCUCAAACCGGGUUUGGGGAUGGUGAUGGGUUAGGGGAUGAAACUGGUUUGGGGGAUGGUAUUGGGUUAGGGCCUGAAACUUUGAGGGAUGGUGAGGGAUUAGGUGUUGAAACUGAGUUGAGGGAUGGUAAGGGAUUAUGUGCUGAAACUGGGUUGGGGGAUGGUGAUGGGCUAGAUGCUAAAAUUGGGAUGGGAGAUGGUGAAGGGUUAGGGGAUUGUGAGCCAAAUGAAUGUCAAGAGCAAACUCAAGGUGUAGAUCAAAGUUACAUAGAUGAAUUUGUGAGAGAGUUAUCAGAAAGUGAGGUCAAUGAUGGGGAAACAGAGAAUGGAGGAAUAGAUGAUAGUGAUGAUGAUUUAUAUGAGUUUGAAUAUGACAUGGAGGAUGAGCAAGUUGAUGACAAGAUGUUUUCUGAAAAUGUUGACAUUGAUGCUGAG